AUGAACACUCACACUCAAGUCUCGUUCCUUGACGGGACUUACACGCUGAUCCACAUACCUCUCGAAAUAUAUCCGACUCUGUUGCAACCCAUUCUUCGCAUUCUCCUCCCUCAGACGCAGAGCCUCAAUUUCUCUCGAGAUUCAACAGAAUAUGAGCUUGAGGGUCUCACGACAGAUUUCCAACACGCCUUCCUCAACAUUAGCGUCACUCCCAUCGAGUGCUCCGUCGUCUGCCACAGCUCAUGGGCCAAAAACGUCUUCGAGCCUGCGCUCAAUGCUCUCCCGAAACAUGUUGGCAAAAGUGUGUCCAUCUCUGAAGAUACCUUUAUGAUCCUGGCAGUGACAACUGCCGGCUUGGAUCCCGGUGGUCGUGUUAUGGAGCUUAGUUCACCCCUGGCCUUUGCGGGGAUUCCCAUCUUCUUCAUCACCACAUAUUAUUCCGACUUCAUCCUUGUUCCUACGCAAGAAAAGCUUGAAGUCGUGCUGGCGCUGGAUGCCAGAGGCUUUGAGCUCUCAGGGGACCACCACUCCACCUUUGUCAACUCGUCAUACGCUCCCAGAACAUCUGACGGCCAUUUGCCUCAGCAGCCCCCCGGAACCCCUCCGCCUUCCAACUAUGACGAACUUCAAGCACGGACCUUUGACCUCCUCCUCAAGAACAAUGUUAAGCCCAUUGUCGAGGUAGGCCUCGAGCUUGUCCAGUGCUCCGGCCGUGAAACCUCGCCGCUCAUGAAUGCUUACACUACCCGGCCGUCCAUGAGCCGGAAAAACUCGACCGACUACCGUCGCUCUUGGAUAACCCAUGUUGAUCCGAAGCUUUAUACGUGCAUCGUAUCUGCGCUUGUUUCGCAGCCGAGGUUUCUCUCUCUCACUCUUGCGCAAGAUGACCCGCCGUCGCUGUUGCUUGAUAAAGCCUUGCUGCCUAUCUUCGACGACUCGCUCAUGGGCGACAUCAGAGGCUGUUUAAUACCAAUCUUCCUUGAUCUCAGAAAGUUGCCUGCCAAGUCUACGGGUAUAGUAUGUGGUGUUGCCGGGCGAAUUGCCAAAGGUGCUGAUGCCAGUGAGAGCUCAGAACUUUCCUAUCUCUCCACUGCUCGCGCCGGCACCGUUAUCUUGUCGCAGGUGCAAUCGAUCCGAGCAAUGUGCAUUUUGACUCCAUUACUUUCCAAGUAA